UCGAGGGAACAGAAAUAAACAAUUUUUGUGGGGGGUAUUCAAGAAAACUCAGCGGAAGUGAAGUAAAGGAAUUGACAUUUGUUAAUAUUUUAAUGAGCUGUUGGUAUGAUGUAUAUAUAAAUACGUCAUUUAGCCAAGGUUUCAUAUAGAACAGCAGAUGUUGUAGUCAUGCCAAAACCAUUAAAGCCAGAACUAAAAAUAGUGUAUCCCUUUGGGGUGAGACCUAUAAAUGAUAACUUAAGUACUGAUGAUUUAGUUCGAAGGCUAAAGGAAUGUGCUCAGGCAUUUCAAAAUAUGAGUCAAGAAGCUGAUAAUACCAAUUAUAUUCCACUUGCUCUUCAUUUAGCAUCAUCUCACUUUAUUGAACAUCCCAGUAGAGAUGUUCGACUACUCAUUGCUUGCUGUGUGGCAGAUGUAUUUAGAGUGUUUGCUCCUGAUGCACCUUAUAAAGAUCCAGACCAUUUGAAGGUGUUGUUUGAAUUUUUCAUUGACCAACUUCGAGGAUUAGAAGAUCCAAAAGAUCCUGUAUUUAAACGUUAUUUUUAUUUAUUAGAGAAUUUGGCAUGGGUUAAAACAUUUAACAUAUGUUUUGAACUGGAAGAAAGUCAAAUGAUUUUUUGUCAGCUCUUUGCUCUUAUGUUCAACAUUAUAAAUGAUAAUCAUUCUCCAAAAGUAAAAAAUUUUAUGCUUGAUAUGAUGUGCCCUUUGAUUAUUGAGGCUGAUAGUGUAUCCCAGGAACUUCUAGAUGUUAUUUUUGCUCAAGUAAUAGAACCUAGAAAGUCACAAAAUAAGAAUUCAUAUAAUCUUGCCAAAGAUAUAUUAAAGAAGACAUCUAGCACUUUGGAACCUUACAUUCAAGCAUUUUUCAGCAAUACUCUGAUUCUAAAUAAGAAAUCUAAAACGAAUAUAAGUGGUCAUCUGUAUGAUUUAAUAUAUGAACUAAAUACAAUCUGUCCAAGUAUGAUGGUAUCAGUUCUUCCACAACUGGAAUUUAAAUUAAAGGGAAGUGAUGAAAAGGCAAGACUAGACUCAACUAAAUUACUUGCACGAAUGUUUUCUGAUAAAAAUUCAGAAUUAGCAUUAGAAAAUAAAUCUUUAUGGAAAUGUUUUCUUGGAAGGUUUAAUGAUAUCAGUGUGCAAGUAAGAGUAAGAUGUGUACAGUAUUCCAUGCAUUUUCUUCUCAAUCAUCCAGAAUUAAGGGAUGAUAUUACAGAACAAUUAAGGUUACGUCAACAUGACCCAGAAGAAGUUGUAAGAUAUGAAGUUGUUAUGGCUAUAAUUAGUGCUGCGAAGAAAGAUUUUAAUAGCAUUUCAGAUGAAUUAUUAACAUUUGUAAAGGAAAGAACUUUAGAUAAAAAAUUCAAAAUAAGAAAAGAAGCAUUAUUAGGUUUAGCUACUUUGUACAAACAGCAUAUGAGUAGUCCUGAUUUACCUCAAUCAACAAGGGAUUGUAUAUCAUGGAUAAAAAAUAAAGUACUUCAUGUAUAUUAUCAGACAGCACUAGAAGAUAGACUAUUAGUAGAAAGGAUAUUACACACUUGUUUAGUUCCAUAUCAAAGUCCUCUUGAAGAAAGAGUUAAAAAGUUAUAUCAACUCUUUGUAAUGGUUGAUGAUUAUGCAGCAAAAGCUUUUAAUGAAUUAUUAAAGUCACAAAAUAUGGUGAGAAAUCAAGUUAGAAAUAUAUUAGACAUGUUAACAACACCUAAAAGUGAAGAAAGAGAUAAAAUUAUUGUAACUAAAGUAUUAGGAUUAUCUAAAAAUCUUUUGGAACCAAUCAAAGCUCAAGAAUAUAUUCUGAAAUUUUGCAAUUUGUUAGAAAAUAAUUCUCGAGUAAGAUCACAUAUGGAUGCAAUUUUUAGGGGAUGUGUAUCUUGCAGUGAUGCAGAAUAUAGUGUGAAAGAAGUUUUGAAAAGUCUUGGGCUUCCUGUUCAUACAAAUAGUUUUUAUAUGACUAUAAAGCAUCUUCUUGAAAGAGUUGCCCCUGUUAUGGUUGACAGAGAUGGAAUAAAAAUGUUGCUGCGCUAUGUAAAAGAUUCACUUGUGGGUAUUGGAGAAAUUGAUGCCGAACUUGGACUUAUUAGUUCUGCUGUAAAAGGUCUUCAGUUAUUAUUGGUAAAUAAUAAUUCAUUUUAUCUUUAUUUUUAGUUAAAUACAGUAGGUGAUC